AUGAACGAACCACCGCCGUCGGCCUCUGGCAACUUGAAGUCAGCCGAGAGUGGGGAGUUGGAUCUGGAUGCGUUUUGGGAUUCAUCACCAGUUCCAACGCUGGUUGUUUCCCCAUCUUACCAGAUCAAAAGAGUCUCAAGGGGUAUCGUGGACACGUGGAAACUCAACAGAGAUGAGCUGCUGAACGAGAACGUUUUUAAAGUCCUCUACGGAGACUCACCGUUUGCGAGAUUUGAUCGAAUACCUCUCGCGGGCGCAAUCGAGGCCUCGAUCUCGAACCAGACUUUCACGUCCUGUCCCAGUGCAUACCAAACACAAGAUACCUUCUGGUCAGUCCGCGUCAUACCAAUCUUGAGGAAUGAGCAGCCGCAGCUUUUCGUCCUGGAAUUUGACCCGGACGAAAGUCGGGUCAAGGUUGGUGGUGUUGAAGGCAAUGUAAGCAAACGGUCGAUUGACGAGAUGUUCCGUCUCCUCGUCCAUACUGUCAAGGAUUAUGCCAUCUUUCUUCUCGACACUCGGGGUUACGUGACAACAUGGAAUACGGGCGCAGAGCUACUCAAAGGAUUCAAGAGCGAUGAUAUUAUCGGCAGACACUUUUCAACCUUUUACGGCCAGGAAGACCUUCGAGUUGGGAAACCUGAGGCCGAACUAAUUACGUGCCUGCGCCAGGGAAGAGUAGAAGACGAGGGUUGGCGCUACCGAAAGGAUGGCAGCAAGUUCUGGGCGAAUGUGGUCAUUACCGCUAUUUACAGGAACGGGGUGCACGUUGGCUUUGGCAAGGUAACUAGAGACUUGACGGAGCGAAGAGAAAACGAAUUACGACUUAUUGCUGCAUACGAAGAGAGCUCGAAGCUGAAGAACGACUUCCUCGCCAAUGUGAGCCAUGAAAUUCGAACGCCAAUGCAUGGCUUGCUAUCGGCAUGCGGGCUGCUGCUGGAUACUACCUUGUCAGAAGAGCAGCGCGAGACGGCAAACAUUAUUUCUGAAUCGGGCCAAGUAUUACUCGGCGUUAUUAAUAGUAUUCUCGACUUUUCUAAACUUACAUCGGGGACCUUUUCGAUUUCGUCAGAGGUAUUCAGCGUCGCGAGUGUAGUUACAUCUGUUGUUCGAAGCGCGCAGACAACAUUGAACCCUGGAGUACACAUCAAGCUCCAACUCGCGCCCAACUUACCGGGCUUAGCACAGGGAGAUCAGCUUCGGUUCCGGCAAACCAUGCAAAAUUUAACUGAUAACGCGGCCAAGUUUACCAGAGAGGGACUUAUAUCGGUAUCUUGCACUGUGCGGGAGGAAACCGAGACGACGUACUCUAUCCUAACCGAAGUUGCCGACUCUGGAAUAGGUGUAGUUAGCGAUGCUGUCGAAGAGCUGUUCCAGCCGUUCAUGCAGUCGGAGAUAUCCAUCAACAAGAGAUACAAAGGCACUGGACUCGGUCUGUCCAUAGCCAAAUCUCUAGCCGAGCUAAUGGGCGGCGAUCUGGGAUACCGACCGAACCCCGAGUGUCAUGGCAGUAUAUUCUGGUUCACAGUUCGCCUCAGCAAAGUCAAACCCUCAGAAGAGCGGAACAGCGCAGAGAAACAACCCUCGCAGUAUUUCUCCACGGGCCACAUGGUUCUGGGAAAGGAAAACUCGGCGGCAUCGCUAAAUCGAUUACGAGAGCUAGGAAGCACGAAGCAGAUACUAGCAGCGGAGGACAACAUCAUUAACCAAAAGGUCCUGGUGGGGAUGCUGCACUCGUUUGGAUUCAAGGACAUUGCUGUUGUGCCGGACGGCGCACAAGCUGUGUCGUUGUUGAACGGCUCACCGCACAAAUAUGACUUGGUCUUGAUGGACGUGAGCAUGCCGGUGAUGGACGGGUUUGAGGCCACCGCCAAGAUCAGGAGCAGCGGCAACGAUAUUCCCAUAAUUGCUAUGACGGCAAACGCACUUAGAGGGUACAGGGAGAAAUGUCUGGAGAGCGGAAUGGACGACUACAUCCCUAAGCCGGUGACGAAGAAUCUUCUCCUGCAGAAGCUGUUGUUUUGGCUGGAGGGCAUAAACAGGCCGUCUAAUAAUUCGACCGAGACGAUUCAUGCCCUGGAGACGCCUCCCAUCACUCCUUCGGAGAUGGACGGUUCUGAGAUUUGCAAGGCUGGCUGA